AUGAACGGAGAGGUUAAAUGUCCAAAGCCAUACAAAUGUGUUCAUUCAAAGUGUGGAAUCGCUUUUUGUUGUGCACAUUUGGUCCCCAUAUCUCGAUUUUUAUUCGUUUCACGAAGAGGUGAAGUGGACAACUCGCGAAUUCUACUAGCCCUGCAAGAAGAACAUGACUACGAGGGACAAAUGGAAAUUGUCUCGGGAAAGGUUUUCCUAAACGAUCCAUCGAAACAUUUGAUUGUUGGCAAUGUGGCACUAAGAGGUGAAUCGUCACAAGUUUCAUUGACUGUUGAGGAGAAACGACCACCAUUGUUGACGAGUAUCGUUGGAAGAGUGAAACUUCGGGAUCUUUUCGACGAUUUGGUCUUUCCAUCCAAAUUCUACGGUACAGAGAACGCUUUCUCAUUCAUGGAGAAUGGCUUGUCGGGAGAAGUCUUGGAAAAGGUGGAUCGAGCUUGGAGUAAAAUUCACGAGAAUCCAAUGUACAGUCACGCGUGGGAGGUGCUGGCCGAGGAUUGCUCGGUGGACCCGAUUUUGAGAGAAUGGAUCUGUGACGGUCAUGGCUGCAUGAUUGAACGAGUUCGUUACGAGAGCCUCUACGGCGCGUUCUACUACAAUGUUCAUCAGGCUUACAAGAUCCAAUUCAAAAAAAGAAAUUGCUCCGAAGUUGAUGAU